UAGGGUGGAAGAGUAACAUCUUUAUAAAAUGAAAUGAAAUAAAUUAUAGGGUGGGAGAGUAACAUCUUUAUAAAACGAUAUAAAAUUUUGUCUAAUGUGCACACAGGUAAGUUUUGCAUCACACAUUUAUGUAAAUUUAAUUAUUAUAUCUCAUUUAAUCUAAUGAUACUAUUUAUUAUUUCAACCGUGAAAACUAACUUAUAGUACAUGAUACAAAUAUUGUCCACAAUGGACUUAUUUUACUGAUCACUAUUAUGAGUAAAAAAUAAUUUUUUAAGCUUAUUGAAAAAUUGAUGUAUCUUACUGCACUUGUCGACAAAAUGGUAUCUAUAUAAUAGGAAGUUGAAACACACUUGAAUUCAAGUCCAACACCCAACAAUUCAUAACAACUCCUUAUUAUUAAAUUUUUCCAACAUGGUUUUGCAAGCAAACAUUAAUGUUCCACACUUUGCACUAUUUCCCUUGAUAGCACAAGGUCACAUUAUCCCAAUGAUAGACAUAGCAAAACUCUUAGCACAACAUGGUUCCAUUGUUACCAUUUUCACUACACCAAAAAAUGCAUCACGUUUUACUUCAGUUCUUUCUCGUGCUAUUCUCAAUGGUCUCCAAAUCAAACUAAUAACCCUAAAUUUUCCAUCAAAACAAGCUGGAUUACCCGAUGGUUGCGAGAAUUUCGAUAUGGUUACCAUUUCACAAGAUAUGAUGUAUAAUCUUUUUCAUGCAGUUUCUUUGCUUUAUAAACAAGCAGAUGAACUUUUUGAUAAAUUGUCACCAAAACCAAAUUGCAUUAUCUCUGAUUUUUGCAUUCCUUGGACUUCUCAAAUUGCUGAAAAACAUCACAUUCCUAGAAUUUCAUUUCAUGGUUUUUCUUGUUUUUGUCUUCAUUCCAUUUUGAAGGUAUUUACUUCAAAUAUUCUUGAAAGUAUCGAUUCAGAUUCUGAGUUUUUCGCUAUUCCUGAUAUACCUGAUCAAAUUCAAGUCACCAAAGAGCAGGUUCCAGGAGCAGUACAACUGGAAAGUCUAAAGGAAUAUGCUGAGAAAAUGUUUGAAGCUCAAAUGAAAUCAUAUGGUGAAAUCAUAAACAGUUUUGAGGAGUUAGAGAAAGAAUAUGUUAAGGGUUACAAAAAGAUGAGAAAUGAUAAGGUUUGGUGUGUUGGUCCUGUUUCACUUUGUAACAAAGAUGGUUUAGAUAAGGCUCAAAGAGGUAACAUAGCUUCAAUAAGUGAAAAUAAUUGCUUAAAUUUUCUAGAUUUACAUAAGCCAAAAUCUGUUGUUUAUGUUUGUCUUGGAAGUUUAAGUAACUUAAUUUCUUCACAACUUAUUGAAUUGGCUUUGGGAUUAGAAUCAACAAAAAGACCAUUUAUUUGGGUUAUUAGGGAUGGAAUUGGUAAAAGUGAAGAGUUGGAAAAAUGGAUUAGUGAUGAAAAUUUUGAGGAAAGGAAUGAAGGGAGAGGGUUAAUAAUUAGAGGGUGGGCCCCACAAAUGGUGAUAUUGUCACAUGGUUCCGUCGGUGGAUUCUUGACACAUUGUGGUUGGAAUUCGACACUGGAAGGGAUAAGUUUUGGUGUUCCGAUGAUAACUUGGCCGUUAUUUGCUGAUCAAUUUUUGAAUGAGAAACUUGUUACUCAAGUUUUGAGGAUUGGUGUGAGUCUUGGUGUUGAGGUUCCAUUGAUGUGGGGAGAGGAAGAGAAGUUAGGUGUGGUUGUGAAGAAAGAAGGUAUUAAGGAAGCAAUAUGUAAUGUGAUGGAUGUGGAGGGAGAAGAGAGUAAAGAGAGAAGAGAAAGGGUUAGUGAACUUAGUGAGAUUGCAAAAAGUGCUAUUGAAAAAGGUGGAUCUUCUUAUCUUAAUAUUACUUUGCUUAUACAAGAUAUCAUGCAACUACAAUCAAGCACCAAAGUUGAAACUUGAUAAAGAGAAAUGCAAUUUAGAAUAUUAUUUGUCCUUUAAUUGAUGUUAUUUUUUUUUUUUGUUAGUGCAUAUUCCACACUGCAAAAGCUUGAAAUUAUGUAGUUUCAUGCAUGAAAUUAGGUAUUGAAUAUACUCGUUUAAUUUAUAAGAAGAGGGUGUACUAUAUAUUAAUAUAAAAAAGAGAGGGUAUAUUAUAUAUA